UCAAUAUCGGAACUAUAUUUCAGUCGAUAGAUACAUAGGUGUUCUACGAGGGGGCGCGUUACAGCAUCUAGAUGUUGAUUGGUCAGCUGCAGACGACGCCCAGCGACACUCCUCCAUAUAUGGAGAGGCUGUCGAUUCGGCGGGAACUAGCGUUGGGACAUAAGAAUAACCCUUCUAACAGAAUAAACCGUGCGAUGUGCGACGCUAAAACACGAGAGUCACAUCCACAAUAACAACACUAAUCGCUGUAAGAAGAAAUUAGAUCAAAAUCUACACUUAAGUAUAUUUCUACCGUUUCUGAACCUAUCUAAUUGUGUUCGUGCUGGAUUGCACAUGGCCUGCGUGGUCACAAGCUGAGAUCAUCCGGACCAGACGGCCGUGCAUGCUUCCUGCCUCACACCAGCCAGGCGGGCUGCAUGCAUGGGCCAUGCGGCGAUCACAUGAACAAAUGAUCCUCAUUGGUUAGGAUUUUAAUGCUCAUGCAAUUUUGGAGUAUGUGAUUGGUCAAGCCUCGCUCCCGCCCCUCUACUGAAUUCAUAUUUUUGUUUUGGUCCUGACGAGGUAUUCUUGUAUAAAACCCAAGGGGAAAACGAGGAGUGAGUUUUCUAGUACUGAACACUUCGCGCGGUUGGAAUGGCAACUCUUCCAUUAUCACCACCAAGUACACCUCCCGAAUCAUUGAAGAAGAGGUAAGCACCUCUACCAUGAAGCUAGAGAUGGAUGUUGAUUGCACCUCAGACUGUAGUCUGGACAGUGCACCCUGUACACUGGAGAAAGGAGAUUUCGAUGCAGUGCAGACGCUUUUGUCCAUGAGCAAGUGGUCCCCACAGCGUCGGAGGAACCUGUCAGCAAGUUCAAGUGAGGGCUCUAUUGCAAGUGUGCCAGAGGCUGUGAACAGCAGUGGUCGCAUCAGUCCUACUCAGAGCCAGGCUUCAACAGUGGUCACUGCAGACAACACACCUUUGGGUGUGACGACUCCACCCCAUACGCCCUUGCCUGAGGACAGCCUUGAGCAGAUGAAGUCCACAAGUACCCAGACAUCUGGUAACCCACCUCAGGCGACCCACAGGUCGUCCCCGGUCAUGUUCACCACCACACCUGUCAGCUCCACAUGUAGCCUGGUUGCCGUGACAACGGUCAGCACCGCCCACACCAUGGUGACGAGUAUGUCAUCGUUGCCCGCCAUGACCUACACCAGCCAUCCCCAGCCUGGCCCAUCCAUCUCCAGCGUUACCGCAGCACCACAGAUGCAGUCCCAUGGAUACCCCAUGAUGGCCAGCCGUUCCUAUCAGGUCGUCACUCCCCAGGGACAGGUGCAGACCAUCGCAGGCAUGCCUCUGACCGCACACGUGCAGAUCCCCCUGCCCACCAUUGUGUUCAACCCACAGAACUUUGUCUCGGGACCCAAUGGCCUGAUGGUCGCUGGACCCACGCCGACACCCAUGGUAACGCCCAGCCCCAGCACAUCACCGUCUCCAAAACUCCCUGUCCCAAGCUCAGGCCGGCAACCGAACAUUGCUCCUAUGGUCACAACAACAGCAACGGUCAGCUCCACCCAUCAGAGUGUCGGCCAGCAUCUCACACCUCCCCACACGCCCACUCCACCAGCUGUGGCCGGGAUGUUCCCAUCCAACGCAGUUGUUGUAGUCAUGAACUCAAACCAACAGAAGCCACCAUCACCAGUCCCCAUUUCGACAGUUGGAGGAACAAGGCUAUCACCACUCGCACCAGCGCCCACCUCUAUUCAGGACGGACAGACCAUGCCCAACAACCUGCCUGACUUCUCCAGGAGAAGAAACCACGUGUGCCCGUACGACAGCUGUGGCAAGACGUACUUCAAAAGCUCACAUCUCAAGGCACACCUCAGAACACAUACAGGUGAAAAACCAUUUAAGUGCACUUGGGAUGGCUGUGACAAGAGGUUUGCCCGUUCGGACGAGCUGUCGCGCCACCGCAGAACACACACAGGGGAGAAGAAGUUUGAGUGUCCAAUGUGCAACCGGCGCUUCAUGAGGAGCGACCACCUGACCAAGCAUGCUCGGCGCCACAUGAGCACCAAGAAAGUCCCCAACUGGCAGAUUGAAGUCAACAAGCUCAACUCCAUGGCGACAGCUAACCAAGGACUGAUGCCUGUUGGUGUCAUUGUGUCCCCCUCCCAGUCUAUGCCUCAGGGCCUGUGAUCCCUUGUACAGACAAAGGACUUGUAUGGAUGUUUGCAUCCAUGAACAGUAUAGAUAUAAGUUAAGGAGUAUUUGUUAAGAGAAAAGGCUGAAGAUAUUUUCCAAAUGAUUGCACAAAAGUUUUUCUUAAACAUUUUUACUUGUUGUAACAAUGGCAACAUACCAACUUCAUGUUGCUUUGAAUACCUCCAAGGGAUUGUUGAACCCAAUAUUUUUCACACCAAAAAAUUGCUUUGGAUGACAAGUUUCAAUAGCUUUUGAUACCUCUUGACAAUGUUGGCAAUGUUUGAUACGAAAUACCAGAUAACAAAUGUCCAUUUGUACAUAUGUUUAUGUAUCAUUCCUUACAUGCUGAUAUUGGGUGGCUUCUUUUCUGGUGGUUUCAGUCACCAAAAUAUAUUCUAUAGAAUUAUAGAGCAGUGAAAUGUUCAAGGCAGAUAAUAUCAGUUCUGUAGUAAAAUGCCUGUGUUGAAUGUAUGGUUUCAGGUACAUUAGUACAAUUUGUGCAGACAACAAAGUCACAUUUCAGACGUGUGUGCCAAAGGCUCUAGUUUCCAACAAACUGAGAAAACUGCAUUGACCACUUGUUGUACUAUAUUUACAGUCAUUUAAACAAGAAUUCAUGAUAUUUUUCUAUGAAAAAAAAGAAAAAGGAAGUGUUCCUUAGGCACACACGGUCAUGUAUGAUAGUUAUGAACUAGUUGGAAGCUUUCGUAGCUAUGAUUACACAUUCCUGAAUGUGCAGAAAGGGUUGCGAGCCCUGUACGCCUGAGAAGUUUGUGAGUUCUCAAAUGUAAUGAAAUGUUGCUAUGAAAACAAAGUUGUUUAGACCGUUGAUGGGUCUUGAUUGUUCUAGGAACCAAUCUGGCCAGUAAUUGAUGCACACACUUUUGAUUCAACAAUCUUAAAUCACAGCCCUUUCUGGGAGUAAUCGUUGCAGGAAAUAGUGGCCAAUGAUUGGCUAAUAUGUGCUCAUGUUGUGUGACGUGCCAUACUGGCAGAAAGAUACUGAAUGUCUGUCAUUCCGGAGACAUGCGAAAAGUUUUUGUUGGAGUUUAGUUCACAAAUGUUGUAUUUAUUUGUCCUGUGUACAGAGCAAUACUCUCAGCAGAGAGUAAAAAGGCAGCAUCUAUUAAAAGAUGUGCAAUCUUGUAUA